CUAUCUUAUAGACGUUGUUGGGUAUGUUUUGCUACAGAAGAAGAUGAACCCUUGUCACAGUGGGUUCGGCCCUGUCGCUGCCGUGGGACAACAAAAUGGGUCCACCAGAUUUGCCUUCAACGCUGGAUUGAUGAAAAGCAAGCAGGCAGUUCAACAACAAAAGUGUCUUGCCCACAGUGCAAUGCAGAAUAUGUCAUUGUAUUUCCACCUUUAGGACCUCUGCUUCAAUCUGUGGAGUUCUUAGAUAAACUUAUCCAUAAGUUCUGCCCCAUAGCUGCGGCAGGAGUCAUUGUUGGGUCAUUAUAUUGGUCUGCUGUCACUUAUGGAGCAGUUACCGUUAUGCAGGUUUUGGGUCAUAAAGAAGGACUUGAGGUUAUGGAAAAAGCUGAUCCUUUGUUCUUAUUUGUUGGACUUCCAACUAUCCCUUUGGCACUUAUACUUGGGAAAAUGGUUCGCUGGGAGGAUCACGUGUUAAGGUUGUGGAGACGCCAUUUCAGUAAGAUGUCCUUUCUUGGCCAUAUUCUGCCCAGUUUAGCUGCGUGUGAUUAUGCAUCACGCACUCCAGCAGAGCCCACACCAUUAUCUGACCCAGUGUCUCUCACCAGGCUCCUUUGUGGUGCUUUGAUUCUGCCAACAAUCUCCACACUUAUCGGCAAAGUGUGUUAUGGGUUUGUCCCUUCAAGUCUGCAUCGAGCCUUACUGGUAAGUGUUAAAUUACUGUGUAUGAAAUUUAAAUUGUUCUGA